AUGAGUAUGCCUAUUCCCGAACCAGCUCGCAAAAACACAGAUCUACUUCAGGUUGAAAAGGUUCAUCGACAAAAGAGAGCCAAAUUGCAGCGUGUUAAUAAUCAUACAGUGAAUUUUCCACCCAAGGUCCUCAUAUCAUCAUUUGGACAACUGUUCAUGGGUGGGAGCUUUGAAAGUGAAGAAAAUGGGAUAAACUUUAUAAUUGUCAUUUUUUGUGGCUGGAAGUUGAGGUCAGUUCAGAUUGUUGCUAUGAAAGCUGUUGGUGGCCUAUUUUACUGUUGUUAUUGGUUGGAAGUGGCUGUAAGAGUGAUGUUUCUACUGAUUGUUUUGGGAGCUGGCCUUACUGGGGUAGAAAAUGGUGGUUGUGGUGAAGCCUUUGUGCUGAAGAUGCUAUUUUUGUGGAUUGUUGGUGAGAGUUUUGUAUCUCUUUAUGCUGCGAAUGCUUCAGUUCCUGCUAUAUGUUGCUGA